AUGAAAACGGAGUCAAUCAAGAUUGAUAAACCGAUUUAUCAAGUACUACUCCAAAACGAACCUAUUUUAGAACAUAUUGAAGAGAAACUUGGAUUGUCAAGAGGAUCACUCAAAUUUGAAAAGAAACAGUUUAUAACAUGUAAAAGCAAUCCCGAAAAACUUAAACUUGUUGGUCCUCAUCUUAAAAAUGAAUUUAAAAAUUAUGUUUAUUUUACUUCUAAAGUUGAGUGUAUUGGAGAUGCAAAUAUUCAACAAUUAGUUACUCAUUAUUUAGCAAUUCAAUUCAGACAUCCAUCAACGAAUGAUCUACAUUUUUGUUUAACAAAUGAAAAUAAAAAUCAGAGUGAAUUUGUUAUAUAUGGCAAAAAACAACAUUCAAUUGAAAUUAUAAAACCAAUGAUUAAUAAAGAGACUGUCAAUGGAUUUGAAGAAUAUUCAGAACUUCUUAACAUGCCUUCAUUAGUUAAGAAAAAUUAUUUUGAAAUAUAUAAUAUGAUUGAUCAAUUACAUUUAACCACAAUUCCUAAUGACUUUAAAGAUGAUGACGCUCCAAUUGUUUAUGGAUUUAGACCAUAUAUGAAAGAAUUUAUUAGAAAGAUAGAUCAAAUGGAAAACCAAAUGUUUACAAUUAUUAAAAUAAAAACAAACAAACCAAUUGAUAUUAUUAAUAAAGCUUUCUUUGAUGAAAAAUUUCAUCUUAUGAUUACAAAUGUUCUAAGAACACCUCCUGGAUAUCGUUGUGUUUUUUCUCAAUCUGGGAAAUUAUUUACUUGUGAAUUACAUGUAGAAAAAGAAUUUGCUUCAAAUUUAGUUAUUCUUUUAACAGGAUUUUUUGAUUCAAUAGAAACAUUAAUACUAAAAGACAAUAUGAGUGAUGAUGACAUGACAAAAUACUCACAAUAUAUUAAAGAUCACACUACUCCUUUUAAUGCAUUAAUUACAAGAAAAAAAAAUAAAAAAAGUGGUGAAUCUCAGUUAAUUGGUUGCGUAGCAACCAAUAGAGAUAUCAAUCCAGAAAUUAAUGACAGUUGGCAGAAUCAACUUAUCAGUUAUAUUAAAGCAGUUGAUUUACCUCCUGAAUUAGCUCCAUUACCUCCACUUCCACCUAAAGUUCAUGGUAAAAGAAAAAAGGCAUUACCACCAAUUCCUACUGAUGUUCCUUCUCAAGAACAACCAACUCAAUCUUCUACUGAAGAACUUAUUCCUCCUCCUGUUCCUGCUCCAAGAAAAAGUAAACAACCAAGAUUAUCUGCUAAUUUAACUAAUGAAGAUGUUCCUGAUCGUUCAAACAGAGAUAGGUCAAUGACUGUAUUUGGUGAUCAACCUACUCACAUUAUAGAAGAAGAAGAGCCUUAUUAUGAAGAUAUCUAUUAUGGAGAUUCUUAUUAUGGAGAUGAUGGAUAUUAUUAUGUUUAUGACCAUAACACUAAAAGAUAUCAUGUUGAAGAUCCUCCUGAAGAGGAUUAUAUUGAUGAAAAUCAACAAUAUGAAGAAAUGAACCAAAACAUCUAUACGGAAGAAACAGUCCAAGAAGAAGAACAAAAUGAACAACAAGAUGACCAAGCUAUAACUGAAACUAAACAACCAGAAUUGAUAGUAGAAGAUAUUCAUGGAGAACCUACUUAUGAAGAAACUCCUUCACAAAACCCAGAGAUUGAAGAAAAUAUUGAAACAGAAGAACAACCAAAAGAAGAAGUUUACUCAGAGGCACAACAAGAAGUAGAAGAUUAUCAAGAAGCUCUUCAAGAAGUAACUGAACAAGAAGCUCAAGAAAUAGUAAAGGAAGAAGUUAUUUCAAACCCAGUUACAGAAGAAUUAGCUCAAGAAAAUGUUAUUGAAGAACAAACUCAGGAAAUCAAAGACGAACAAAUUCAAGAAGAAAUUGAAGAAAAUAUUGCAGAGCCUAUUAAAGAAGAAACAAAAGAUAGUACUCCAGAAGAACUAACUCAAGAAAAAGUUGAAGAGACAGCUAAAGAAGAAAUUCAAGAAAUUGUUACAGAAGAACCAAUUAAAGAAGAAGAAAUUAAAGAGAAUGUAGAAGAAGAUGAAUUUGCAGUAUCAACAAUUGAUGAGGCUGUUGUAUCACAACCAUCAAAAACUAUUGAUGAUUUAUGUGAAGAAGCUUCAGUUCAACCAAGUGUAGCAAGAAGACCAGGAAGAGGACGUGGAGGAAGAAAACCACCAACAAAGAAACUAAUUGAACGUCAAAAGAAAAUGAGGACUGAAACAAAUGAAAAAGAUGAAAAGAACAAUACCUUUAAAAUGGAAAAGGUUGACUCCAAAGAAAAUAAUUCCAAUAACAUUAUUCCACCAAGAAAAACACUGGGUGUUGGUAUGGGAGGAAUGGGAAUGCCUCAAGUCACUUUAGCUGAUUUACAGAAAAGAAAACAAGCCAAACCAUCUCUUGAACAAAAAUCACCUCAUAAGCAACCAACAAAAAAGAAAGAAGAUGAAAAAGAAAAUAAGAGUGGAUUAUUUGGAAUGUUAAAAGAUAAAAAAGAAGAUAAAAAGAAGAAAGAAGAAAAAAAGGAAGAAAAGAAAGGAUUAUUCUCUUCUUCUUCACAUAAAGAUAAAAAAGAUGAAUCCAGUUCUUCAAUAAAACAAAAGAAAGAACAAAAAGAAGAAGUCCCACCACCUGUUCCUUCUAAAAAGUAUAACUCUAAACCAUCAGCCACUAGUCCUUCUUUACCUGCUAAAUCAUUACAUUCAAGUAGUGGUGCAAAAACAAUAGAAAAACCAAAAGAAAAUAUGUCAGACUCAAGCCAUAACAAUACUUUACCUUUCCAGGUUAAAUUAAGAAGUAGCGCAGGUUCUAAAACUGCUAUAAAGCCUGAAGUUCAAAGUGAUCAACAACCCAAUACCUCUCCAUUUGCAGUUAAGCUAAGGUCUAGUGGUGGUAAACCUAGUAAUGUUACAGAACCUCCACCAAAAGAAGAAGAAUCUGAAUUGCAAAAGAAAUUAAAAUCAAGGAGGGCGAAUUGA